AUGAAACAACAUAAUCUUAUGUAUGAUAAAGGUUUAGUAUUAUAUACAAUAGGAUUAAAUCAAUUCUCUGAUUUAAACUGGAGUCAUAUAAGUACAAUAUAUUUAACGAAUUUAAGUCAAUAUUUAAAUAAACAUAAACAAAAAAGUCAAAUGUUAUUGAAACAAUCUUUAAAUGAAACAAUAUUAAAGGAAAUACCAGAUUCAUGGGAUUGGAGAAAAGUAGGUGCUGUAAGUAAAGUUAAAAUCCAGGGUAAAUGUGGUGCUUGUUGGGCGUUUUCAGCUGCUGGAGCAUUAGAGGGACAGUUAAAAAAUAGGACUGGUACUUUUGUUGAAUUAUCACCACAACAAUUGAUUGACUGUAGUUAUUCAUUUGGUAACCACGGCUGUUUAGGCGGUGAUAUGAAUAAUGCAUUUCGAUAUGUUGAAAAAGAUGGAAUACAAUCAGAAGAAAGUUAUCCUUAUUUGACAAAAGAAGGUAAAUGUCAACAUAUUAAAUCAUCAUCAUUAACCUACUCUAAAUCAAUUAUAGAGAUUAAACUCAAUGAUGAAGAACAGUUGAAAUAUGUUCUAUAUGAACAUGGACCAGUUUCAGCUGGCAUAAACGUAGAGCAACAAUUUAUGAGAUACAAGAACGGCAUAUAUCAAUCCCAGUCUUGUUCGUCUACAGAAGUUAAUCAUGCAGUUCUGAUAGUUGGAUAUGGAGAAGAAAACGGUGUACAAUACUGGAUUAUUAAAAAUAGUUGGGGACAUCAUGGGGAGAAGAUGGUUAUGUAAGAAUACGUCGUAAUUAUAAUAACAUGUGUGGCGUAGCAACUAUGGCAAGUGUACCGAAGCUAUAGAUACACCUGUUAAUUAUCUAAAUAAACAGUAAGGUGUUGAGUUGAUUCUUUGUUUAAUGCCGGAAAAUUUGUUGCUUGCGUUUAUCCGAAUACAAUAACCUACAAUCACAAAAACUACUAAUACUACAAGGUUCAAAAUAUUCACUAUUAGAAGAACAUUGUUUUAUGAUAAUUACGGUACAUCAUCUAAUAAUAUGCCAUAUUUGUGACAGUAACCUUGCUCCCAUUCCCAAAUUUCAAAAUAUCCUUAGAAUACCUGAAAACCAGGCUCUUUUAUUACUACUUUUACAGUUCCCGUGACUGCAUAUUUUCCAUUCAGUUUUCACCAUCUUUGAUGAAGUUUUUAAUUUACUUGAAAGACCCAUUACCUUCAGCGCACUGUUAUCAAUAACAGCACUCAACAUUUCAUGAAAUUCCUGAGCAUUUCUAUUAAAGUUUCACCAGAAUUUUAUUGUUGAUUGAAUAGUUAGAAAUCAUGACUUCUGGAAAAUUCCAAGUACUUUGAUCAGAAGAAAGACAUAAAUGUAUUGCUACAAAUUAGUAUUUUAAAUAAGAUAAUAG